GUUAGACAUACCAGUGCAGUGUUAGACGUACUAGUGGCGUGUUAGACGUACCAGUGCCGUGUUAGAAGUACCAAUUCAAGGUUUGACAUACCAGUGCAGUGUUAGACAUACUAAUGCAGUGUCAGACAUACUAGUGAAUUGUUAGACAUUUCAGUACAGAUUGAGACGUACCUGUACAUUUUUAGAUAUAACAGUGCAUUGUUAGACGUACAAGUGCAGUGUUAGACAUGCCAUUGCCGUGUUAGACAUACAGUGCAGGGCUGGUCAUAGCCAUACAAACAUCUAUCGAUUCCAUAAACUUUGGACCAAAUAUUUCUUAUUAGUCGACUUGAACGAGGUGGAAUAAUCGGAUACACUUUUUUUUACAACAGCAUGGGUAAGUUUUUGCAUUAAUUGCUCUUUAAGAACAAGGCACUUAUUAAAAAUAAUAAUUAAUAAAGUUAUCCCAGUAUUACCCUAUUACAGCACCAGCAGCAGUAGUGACCGUCUUAUAUACAUGUUUCAUUAUGCUGACGAUAAUUUUAUUUCAUUUAUGACCCACAGAAAAAAAAAAGUUAUUUUGAUAAUUUUUUUUAAAUUUAACAUUGCAGGUGUAAUAGAAAUACUUGAGGUAAAAAAACGUGAAGACUACAAGAAGAGCUACGAACAGUGUGAAGACUACAAGAAGAGCUACGAACAGUGUGAAAAAAACCACCAUGAUAAGUUUUAUAACUUUGAAGAUAUCUCCAAGUUACCGCUACCGUCCGAGCCAUAUCAAGGCAUGCUGCGAAUACAACUUCUUCACAUGGCACUGCUCACGGCUCACAUCAAAGUCGAUGGAGAAAAAUUGAGGUUUGGAAGUGGCAUGGUGCAGAGGGUCAGACUGGCCAGGGGAUCUCGCUGCCCGAUGGAAAAGUGCAGAAAAGAGGGGAAAUGCCACCAAUGGGCGAUUGUCACCGUGUCAACAGUGAACCACGUGGUGGGUACGCACGAGGAGGCGGCCAAUACUUCUGUCAAGCUGUUCUACAACAAGGAUUCUCAAAAAGUCCGGAAAAAGCGAAGAAAAAUAAAAACCCUCAAAGGCUGCAAAGUUAUCCACACGGAUAAAGAUAUCGGCGAUUUCGAUUGGUGCGCUUUUGAUAGCGUCACGCAUGACAUAACUCUUGCCAGAAAGCUGCGUGGAUACAUCGAAACUUUGGAGAACUUGCAGAAACGGGUUUACGACCAAAUCAAGGAUAAACGGAAGGAGGGCCGUGCCAUGGUCGUCAUUGUGAGUCACCCUCACGGUGGACCAAAGAAGGUCAGCGUCGGUCGAACGGUCGGCGACCGGGAGACGAUGAAGGAGGUCAGGGACAGUCAGGUGUGGUGCCGGUACCGGUACGAUGCGGUCACCUGCGGUGCGAGCAGCGGUGGCCCGAUCUUUAUAGCUGGGCAGCCUGUAUGUGGAUUCGGCUACUGGUUCGGCCAUCCACACAACCACGCUGGUACAGAUGGAGACAAUUACAGCUCAGUCGGUGUCGACCAUACUUUAUAGGCAAAUACCUUUGAGUUUGACUGUACUUUAUAGGUAAACACCAUUGAGUUUGACUGUACUUUAUAGGUAAACACCCUUGAGUUUCAAUAUACUUAAUAGGUAAAUACCCUUUUGUUUGACUAUACUUUAUAGGCAAUUACCCUUGAGUUUUACUAUACUUUAUAGGUAAAUACACCUGGGUUUGACUGUUUGACUAUACUUUCGAGGUAAAUACACUUUGGUUUGACUAUACUUUCUAGGUAAAUGUCCUUGGGUUUGACUAUACUUUUUCGGUAAAUACACUUGGGUUUGACUAUACUUUCUAGGUAAAUUCUCCUGGGGUCGACCAUACAUUAUAGGAAAUAUGUAAGGAAUUAAUUGUUGGAAAAUUGACCGAUUCAAUUAGCUCUGAUUCACACAAAUAUAUUUUUUUCCCUAGAAAAUUGUGGCGUCACAUGAAUUACAGGAGAACUUUGCUAUCCAAGCUCGUUAAUUUCCAAUAAAAAAUGUAGCUGUCUCCAUAAAGCCAGUCUUGUAAAUUCUAUGAUUAUUGAAAGACUUAAUUGCUCUGUUAAAAAAUGUAUGUAUUUUAAUACGUAUUUGUUUCCUUAUAGUACAAUAUUAUUAAGCAUCUCAGUGUUCUUUUCAGCAACGAAUUAUACCC